CAUGUUUUGUCUAUCCUUUUGCCCCCACAUUCACACCCUUCUUGAAUCCUUCCCUUUCCCCACCCUGGGUUUCAGCACCACCAAACAGGAGGACCUGUGUGUUCUUUGAGGCCCCUGGAGUGCGGGGAAGCACAAAGACACUGGGGGAGCUGCUAGAUGCAGGACCAGGGCCUCCCAGGGUUAUUCGCUGCCUCUACAGUCACUGCUGCUUUGGGAUCUGGAACCUGACCCAAGGCCGGGCCCAGGUGGAAAUGCAAGGAUGCCGAGACAGUGAUGAGCCAGGCUGUGAAUCCCUCCACUGUGACCUGAGUCCCCGAGCCCAUCCCAGCCCUGGCUCCACUCUCUUCACCUGCUCCUGUGGCACUGACUUUUGCAAUGCCAAUUACAGCCAUCUGCCUUCUCCAGGGAACCUGGGGGUUCCUGGCCCCCAAGGUACCCAGGCUACCCCAGGCGAGUCCAUCUGGAUGGCAUUGGUGCUGUUGGGGCUGCUUCUCCUCCUCCUGCUUCUACUGAGCAGCAGCAUCUUGGGUUCUUCUCUGCAACCAGCCCUGCUGCAGCGAAAAGCCUACAGAGUGCAAGGUGGGCCACAGCCAGAGCCAAACUCAGGCAGGGACUGGAGUGAGGAGCUGCCGGAGCUGCCGGAGCUGCCGGUGCUGCCAGAGCUGUGCUUCUCCCAGGUAAUCCAAGAAGGAAGUCACGCAGUGAUGUGGGCUGGGAGGCUGCAAGGCGAGCUGGUAGCCAUCAAGGCCUUCCCUCCAAGGGCUGUGGCCCAGUUCCGAGCCGAAAGAGCAGUGUAUGAGCUGCCAGGCCUACAGCAUGACCACAUUGUCCGCUUUAUUACUGCUGGCCAGGGGGGCCCUGGCUCCCUGCCCUCUGGGCCCCUGCUGAUACUGGAAUUGCAUCCCAAGGGCUCUCUGUGCCACUACUUGACCCAGCACACCAGUGACUGGGGAAGUUCCUUGCGGAUGGCACUCUCCCUGGCCCGGGGCCUGGCAUUUCUGCAUGAGGAACGCUGGCAGGAUGGCCAGUAUAAACCAGGUAUUGCCCACCGAGAUCUGAGCAGCCAGAAUGUGCUCAUUCGGGAAGACAGGUCAUGUGCAAUUGGAGAUCUAGGCCUAGCCUUGGUGCUCCCUGGUUUCAGUGGGUCCCCUGCCUGGGCUCCUUCUCAAUCCCAAGGCCCAGCUACCAUCAUGGAGGCUGGCACCCAAAGGUACAUGGCGCCAGAACUCUUGGACAAGACUCUGGACCUCCAGGAUUGGGGCACAGCCCUUCGGCGAGCAGAUGUUUACUCUCUGGCUCUGCUCCUAUGGGAGAUCAUGAGCCGCUGCCCCGAUUUGAGCCCUGAUGGCAGACCAUCACCUUUCCAACUGGCCUAUGAGGCAGAAUUGGGCAGCACUCCCACCACCUGUGAGCUAUGGGCCUUGGUAGUAGAGGAGAGGAGGCGCCCUUAUAUCCCAUCUACCUGGAUAUCCUUUGUUACACAGAUCAUCCCUGACUUUGCUUCUUUUCUGGGCUCUGCUUCCAAGAUGGUGCCUCCCCUGGACCCUGGUGGACUAAGGGAGCUCUUGGAAGACUGCUGGGAUGCUGAUCCAGAAGCACGACUGACAGCUGAGUGUGUACAGCAGCGCCUGGCUGUCCUGGCCCAUCCUCAGGAGGCCUACCCCUUCCAAGAGAAUUAUACACACAGCUGCCUACCUCUCUGCCCAGAAGACUGUACCUCCACUCCUACCCCUGCCAUUCUCCCCUGUGGCCUCAGCUGAGGGCCUGUCACUUCAGUAUUCAUUAAGGCCUUGAUUCCAGGAAUCCUUAGUUUUAUCUUAGUUCUCAUGUGUAAAUGAGCAGUUUAUGUGGAAUCUAUGUUCAUGUAAACAUAAAUGUGAUCAUGUGCCUAUUUGGGCUGCCUCAUGACUACCUUUCCCACUUGCUGAAUCUGGGAUUAUUCUGUGGCAUCUGGUUCACAGCAGUUCUGACCAGUGAAUAGUGGUAGAUGUGCACAGGAAAAAGAAUAAAGUGAGCUUUCCAGAUUUUUA